AUUGCAUUGGGAAUGGAAUCUGGUGAUAUUCCGGAUAGUGCAAUUACAGCUAGUUCAUCGUAUGUACCAAAUGUGGGUCCAAAAAAUGGAAGAUUACGUUUGGAAAAGGCUGGUGGUGCAUGGUGUCCUAAACAGCAAGUAGAGAGUGGUGUUCGAGAAUAUCUAGAGAUCGACCUAGGAGACAUACAUUUGGUGACUGGUGUACAAACGCAAGGCCGUUACGACCAUGGUCGAGGUCAGGAAUAUACGGAAGAAUAUACAGUUGAAUAUUGGAGGCCUGGACUUGCUACGUGGCACGAGUAUAAACGUUGGGAUGGCAAACAGAUAUUAACUGGUAACAGUGAUACCGCAACGGUGGUUACACAUCGUUUAAUGCCAACGGUGUUUGCUACACGUGUACGUGUUCUACCAUACAGUGUUCACAGGCGGACAGUUUGUUUACGAACUGAAAUUCGUGGAUGUUUGCAUGAAGGUGGUAUUGUCAGUUAUCGAAUAUCCGAACCAGCUUCAGAUUUUGGUGAUUUUGCAUAUGAUGGUGAAACUAGAGAUGGAUAUUUAGUUGGUGGUCUUGGACGUUUAGUCGAUGGCGAAUAUGGAGCUGAUAAUUUUCGAUUGGAUAUUGGGUAUGGAAAAGGAAACGGAUGGGUUGGAUGGAAAAAUGAUUCCUUUCCGAAUCAUUACAUUGAAAUGAUAUUUGAAUUUGAUCAAAUACGAAACUUUUCAUUGGUUGAUAUGUUUACCAAUAAUUUCUUUUCACGUGAUGUCCAGGUGUUUGCCAAAGCCAAAUUAUAUUUUAGUAUCGGUGGAAUAUUUUAUAAUGGGCGGCCUAUAACUUAUAAUUACAUGCCGGAUCGUGUAUUGGAAAUUGCCAGAAAUGUAACAAUUCACUUACACCAACGUAUUGCAAAAUAUAUAAAAAUUCAGUUAUAUUUUGCUGCAAAAUGGAUAAUGCUAAGUGAAAUAUAUUUUGAAUCAUCACCAAUUGAUGGAAAUGUUACAGAAGAAAUUGUAGAAGAUGAAACCCAAGAGGAAUUUAUAAUAAAUCCUGAAGUAGAUGUUUCAUUUGAAACAUUUGAAACAGUUGCAGCACACAAAGAUAGUGAUGGCUACGUUGAAAUUGUAAUUGGUGUAUUAACGGCUCUGACACUUCUGUUACUUCUGUCAUUUGUAAUUGUUUUACUUUUAAGUCGUCGUCAAAAACUACAAGGAUCGCCAACAAUAUUAAGGAAUCCGUUUGGAGUAACGAUCAAUAUGAAGGAUCUGCUUAUGAAUUUAACACCUUCGGCUAAUAUUGUUCCAAAUAGUAACCAACCAACGCCCUUAAGUCAAGAACCUCCAAAUGACCCAUCAUUGUCCUUUGAACAGUAUGGGUCUCCUUUGGUCGACACAUAUUACAAAUCCACAUACCCAACAACAACAUCAAUUCAUAGUAAUAUUCCAACAGAGCAAAUCUAUCAAAAUAAUUUGAACACUGAAAAUAACUGCGACAGCAAUACAACGGAUCCAUUCGAAAAAUUACGAUCUUCAUCUAACUGUCAUACGCCAAUAUCAUCUACAUCAACAACACCUCGGCAUUAUCGAAGUUUACCACAAAAUUCUCCAUCAAUAGAUCAACCACGAUCUAAAAUAUCUAAUUUACAUAAUAAUUUUCAACGGUCUGGUACGGAUACACCAAGCCGUAAACGAUACCAUACGGCACCAAGAGAGAAACAUCGGACGACACCACCUACAGUUUGUUGGAAUAUAGCUCCAAGUAUGGAUCAAACAUAUAGUUGUAAGGAAGCUGAAUUAGUUCCAAUUCCACAGUAUUGUUUACGGUCUAUCGAAAGUAUUGGUUCAUGCCAUGCCGGCGAAGUAAUUUUAGUUCGAACCACAAAUAGUAAUAAUUUAAAGAAUGAUAUAAAUAAUGUAACAUUAGAAUCAGUACGUGAGGUGCGGUUUUUGGCAUCAUUAUCAGAUUCAAAUAUAUGUCGAAUACUUGGUAUAUGCACAGCUGAACAACCACCAUGGAUUGUUAUGGAAUAUGGUGAAAUGGGUGAUUUAGCACAUUAUUUACGUUAUAGUACACCAAAAACAUCUACAUUACAUAAUACAAAUAAUUUACAAGUGUUAAGUUAUGGAUGUCUCAUAUAUAUGGCAACACAAAUUGCCAGUGGUAUGAAAUAUUUAGAAUCAAAACAUAUUUGCCAUAAGGAUUUAGCAGCUAGGAAUUGUUUGGUUAGUAGAGGAUAUAAAAUUAAAAUAUCAGAUAUCGCAAUGUGUAGUCCACUUUACAAAAAAGAUUAUAGUGAAAUUGGUGGACGGCCGCCAGCGCCAAUUCGUUGGCUUCCGUGGGAAAGUAUAUUAUUGGAUCGUUAUGUAUGUGCCAGUAGUGUAUGGUCAUUUGCAGUAACUUUAUGGGAAAUAUUAAAUAUGGCACGAGAUCGUCCAUAUCAACAUUUAACGAACGAGAAAGUAAUACAAAAUGCUGAACACAUGUAUUACGGUGGUGAAUUACAAAUAUUAUUACCAAAACCAACACAAUGUCCAAUGGAAGUGUACGAUUUAAUGUGUGAAUGUUGGAAACGUGAUGAAAAAUGUAGACCAACAUUUAAACAAAUUUAUAUAUUUUUAAGAUAUCACAAUAAAGAUUAUAUAACAGCAUCACCAACGACAAAUAAUCCAGAAUAA